AUGCUGGAGGGCGUCCUUGCCUCGCUUCUCAAUAGGCUUCUCGCCGCCUACGUCGAUGGCCUCAACACGAGUCAGCUCAACGUAGGCAUCUGGUCAGGAGAUGUCAAGCUGCGCAAUCUCCGCCUCAAGACUUCCGCUCUUGACAAGUUCCGACUGCCAAUAGACGUCAAGGAGGGCUACCUCGGCGACCUCACCCUUUCCAUUCCAUGGUCCAAUCUCAAGGGCAAACCUGUACGUAUCCUCGUCGAAAACGUCUAUCUGCUUGCCGCACCCAAGAACAGCAGCGUCCAAGUCGACGAGCAAGACGAAGCUCAGCGCGCACAGGCUGCAAAACAGGAGAAGCUUGCCAAUGCCGAGCUUCUCGGCAGGGAUGCUGACCCGGUCGGCGUCUCGAGUGAAGACGAGCAAAAAAAUCAGUCCUUCACCAGCUCGCUCAUCACCAAGAUUAUCGACAACUUGCAAUUCACCGUCCGAAACAUCCACAUCCGCUACGAGGACAGUCUCUCCAAUCCCGAGCAUCCUUUCUCUGCCGGCAUCACGCUUGCCGAAUUCUCUGCCGUCUCCACAGAUGCCAACUGGAACCCCACCUUUAUCCAGAACAGCGGCGAUGGUAUUCACAAGCUCGCCCGUCUCGAGUCGCUCUCCGUCUACUGGGACACUGACUCUGAGUCGCUUGCCGGUCACGAGAUCUCGGAAGCACAAAACAAGUUCAACGCGCUUAUCGCUCGCGACGGAAGCACACCAAGCCAUCAGUACAUUCUGAAACCCGUCUCAGGAGCAGGCCGACUCGUCAUGCGCAAAAAAAUGACGUCCGAGGUGCCCAAGAUGGAUGCACAGCUGCUCUUUGAAGAGCUUGGAUUUGCUCUCGACGAUGAGCAGUACCGCGACGUCAUCUCCGUCGCCGACCUCUUCCAUUUCUACACACGCCAAGCACAGUAUCGAAAGUUCAGACCCAGUGCCGAAGAGCUCGAAGAAAAUCGACCGCGUGCCUUGCUCCGCUUUGCAGGCAAGGCCAUCCUCAACGAGGUGCACGAAAGGCAUCGUGUCUGGUCUUGGGACUACUUUCGCGAGCGACGCGAUGAUCGCAAAGAAUACGUCGAGCUCUUCAAGCAAAAGGAAAACAGCGUGCAAAAGACCAACCAACAGCAGACCGGCGUUGCCAUCGCACAGAGCGACAGCGGCUCGCGCCUCGAACAGCUCGAAAAUAAGCUUGGCUACAAGGACAUCCGCUUCUACCGUUCCAUAGCGCGGCACGAGCUACGCAAGCAAAGGCUUGCCGUCAAAAAGGGAGAACUCGCCAACGGCGGCACCGGCGCGGACGCUCCCAAUCAAAACGCACAAGCCGGCGGCACCGGCGGCGGAUGGCUCGGCUGGAUCUGGGGUGGAGGUGCCAAGGGCCAGCAGCAGCAUGGCGAGGACGAUGGUGUUCUCAACGAACAGCAGCGUAAGGAGCUCUACGAUGCAAUUGAAUGGGACGAGGAGGCCAGCGCCGCCGCCUUAACGCAGUCAGUUGAUGCGCCCAGAGAUGCCAUGCAUCUUCGCCUGAUCACCAAGCUCAAGACCGGUUCGGUCUCUCUCAAGGAUCACGCCCGAGGCACCGACAUCCUCUCACUUGUCUUUGACUCCCUUCAGGCCAACGUCAUCCAACGGCACGACAAUCUCGAAGCCGCCGUCGCUCUCGGAGGUCUGCGCGUCUACGAUGGUACAACACCUAACUCGCUCUACCCGCAGGUGGUGCGCGUCAAAGACGAAGAGUUUGACAACCCUAGCCGCCAAAAUUCCAACUCCGGCGAUAUUAAGCGCAUCGAGCAAGAGUUGGAGCAGGAGAGCGAUCCGGACAACCCCUUCUUCUACGCAAAGUACGAAUCGAAACCCCUCGACGAUCGUGCCGACAAUGCCUUGACGCUCAAGAUGCGCUCCAUGGAGAUCAUCUACCAUCGUGGCUUUGUCGAGUCGAUUGUGCGCUUCUUCAAGCCGCCUGAAAGUGAGCUUGAGCUCAUCGGCGCACUCAUCGACGUCGCCAGCGAAACCAUCGAAGGUAUCCGCAAGGAAACGCGAGCCGGUCUCGAGAAUGCGCUCCAGAACCACAAGACCAUCGACAUGGUCGUCGACGUCAAGGCGCCCAUCAUCAUUGUUCCUGAGGAUGUAACGACCAAAAAGUGCCAGCACAUGGUGCUCGAUGCCGGUCGCAUCGCCGUUCGAUCGGUGCUCGCCGAUCAGGGGGCUCUCGACACGGUGCGCUCCAAACAGAAUCGCGUUUAUACAGACGAGGACUACCGCCAGCUCGAGGAUCUCAUGUACGAUCGCUUCUUUGUCAAGCUCGAGUCGGCUCAGCUCGUGUUGGGCAACGACAUAGACUCGUGCAUGAAGGGCCUUCACUCGGACUCGACCGACCACGGUCUUCAUCUGCUGGAACGCAUCAAUCUCGACUUUACGCUGCACAAUUCAAUCCUCUCUUCAGCACCCAACCUCACCAAGUUCAAGAUGACGGGUCACCUGCCUACGUUGCGUGUCAACUUUUCUGAUCGCAAGUACAAGACGUUGAUGCGCAUCAUCGACGUCGCCAUCCCCAACUUUGACGAGGGAAGGGCUGACGCAGAUUCGCCCACCAAGGAUUUGGGCACCAUCGAGGAAGAGCUCGAGCCCGUUGCGAUCAGCACAGCGCGGCAGAACAGUGCUGCUGACGAGGAGGAUGCGGACCAGGAUGAUGACAAGGACCUCGCCAAAUCACGCCGUGCUCGCGCCCGACGAUCAGAGACGCUGGACCUGAACAAGGCGCGUCGUCAGCGGCUGGUGGGUCAGCUGCGUGGUGAAGACGACUACAUUGUUGACGCCGGCUAUGACGAUGACGAUGGCAAGGACGAGUUCCAAGACGCCGAAGAUGCUACCGUCGAUAAGGUCAAUGCACACCAAAAGACGUUUGAGCUCGAGUUUGUUGUCGACUCGCUGCAGGGCUCCAUCUUCAGGUCCGCAACAGAUCCGUCGCAGCCCGAUCGUCUGCUUGUCGAUGCGCGCUUCGAGGGCUUUUUGCUGCAUCUUGCCGUCUAUCCAUAUCACAUGGACGUUGACGUGGGUCUGCGCAGUCUCGAACUCGAAGAUAAGAUUGUCGAUCAAGGCGCACAGUUCCGUCAUCUUAUCACUUCCAAGCACGUUCGUGACACCGCCUCGCGCUCUGCAACAAGCGAUUCGAGUGCUUCGUCGGGUUCAGUGUCGCCAGCCGAGCAACGCGACCUUGUGCGCGUGCGCUACACCCGCGUCAGCCCCGAGUCGCCCGAGUUCAUGACAAAGUACGAGGGCAUCGAUCAGACGGUCAACGUUGAGCUCUCGACCAUCAAUGUCAUGCUUACGCGUGUAAGCGUCCUCGCCGUCUACGAUUGGAUCAUGACCACCUUUGUAUCGGUGGAUGGGCCUGCUGCAACGCCACAGGAGUCACAACGUCGUCCAAGUCGCUCAUCGGAUCGACGGCCCAGUGACACAACAUCUAAAAGGCCCUCGAUCCGGCCACCUGAGUCAAACCCCCCCACACAGGCUCUAGCGAACAGCGACAAUACGGGACGGAAGGAGAAGUUGCGUGUCCGUGUCAAGCUCAACUCGAUCGUGCUCCGUCUCAACAACGACGGUAGUCUGCUCGCAACGCUCACGCUCUCGACAGCAGAUGUGGCUGUCAUGCUACGCGGCAACAGCAUCCGCGUGGCUGCACGUCUCGGCUCGCUGCUUCUGUACGACAACGCGAAGCGCAGUGUCGCUGAUCCUCAUUUCAAGAAGCUGCUGAGUAUCCAGGGCGACGAGCUGGCUGACUUUACCUACGAGACAUUCGACGAAGCAGAUGCAGCCUCGUACCCUGGCUAUGACUCUUCGAUCUGGCUCCGAUCUGGCUCGCUCAAGUUCACCUUUGUAGAAGAGCCGAUUCGCGACCUGCUACAGUUCUUUAGCAAGUUUGCGCAGAUGAAAGCCGUGUACGAUGCAGCUACGCUGGCUGCUUCCAAUCAAGCAUCGCAGCUUCAAGAACGCGUCGACAAGAUGCACUACGAUAUCAUCAUCAAGACACCCAUCGUCGUUCUGCCGCGUUUGGCCGACUCGCCCGACGUGAUGACCGCCAACCUGGGUGAAAUCUAUGCCAAGAACACAUUUGCUAUCCGUGACAAUAAGGAGGCCAUCACCAAGAUCGAAGCUGGCCUGCGACACAUUCGGCUCGCAUCACGGAUGCGAUACGGCAGCCAGGAGUACCAUGUGCAGAUGAUCGACGACGUCAACAUCUCGCUCGAUAUGGUUCAGUCGGACCGAGCUAGCGCUUCUCCAGGUUCUGCCAUCGACAGUCCCGAGACGCAGAUGGUCGCCAAGAUGUCGGACGUGCACGUCAAGCUGACCGAAGCGCAGUACUGCUUUGUCAUGGAACUGAUGCAGUCGAUCCCGCGCACUUUCACAGGGCUUGCUGAGGAGGUCGGUAGCCUGAACGAUAACGGCACCGCUGUGUCUACUCCUACAACGGCUGUACCUCUGACACAAGGCACGGGAACAAAAUCGCGCUCCGUGUCGGCGCAACAGCCAUCGACACCUGGAAAAGGCAAAGGCGGAGACACGACGCCAACAGCGCCAACGCCUCCCCACAAGGGUCCUGGUGUCGACAUGCUUCCCGAGCUCGGCACAGUGAUUCACAAUGAAGAUGGCGACACGGCUGUGCAUACCACUUUGGACAUGUUUUUUGACGUCAAUUCGAUCCAACUCGAACUCUUCACUGCCGCUGCCACUGGCCAGGAGACGCUAUACAACGCGCAGCUGGCGCGCUUCUCGAUCAACGGGUCGGAGGUCAAGCUCAAGAUGCUGUCGGACAAUUCACUCGAGGCUGAAGUGGCGCUCAAGACAUUCACGGUGACGGAUCAGCGGCCGGACAAGGACACCAAGUUCCGCGAGAUUGUUCCUGCCGUCAAACACGAUGGUCAUCAGUUCAUGAUGAGCUACAGCGUUUCUGGCGGCGACGAUGGCUCGGCCCUGGCGCUCAUCACUGUCGACAGUCCCAAGGUGAUCUUCUCGCUCGAUCCGGUCUUUGCGCUGCUCAACUUUUUCAUGAGUGCUUUCCCCGAUUCGCCUCCAGAUGAGGAUCAAACAGAUACAAGCCCGACAGGCACGACCGUUGCGAACAGCAGUGCGCAUGGCAGUGCACAGACUUUGUCGACGACCAUGUCUAGCAAAGACCCGAAUGCGACAGCAGCGUCGCCUGCGGCUGGCUCGUUGGCGUUCCGCGUCAACGUUGUCGAUCCCACCAUCAUUCUACUAGCCGCGCCGGACCGGCACGAUACUGAAGCGAUUGUGCUUUCAAUCAAGCAGGUGCUCAUGUCGCAGCAAGGCAUCCUAGCGCUCAAGGUGGACCAAUUCGGCAUGUUCAUGUGCCGAAUGCACCGUCCCAAGGACACUUUGCGUCUGCUCGACAACCUCGAUCUGACCCUGUCGAUGGACAGCCGGGUCAACGAGACCAGCUCGUUGACUAGCAUUGAGGUUGACGUCGAACCGCUCGUACUGCGCGUGUCGAUCCGCGACAUUGUGAUGAUUCAGUCGGUGGUCAACAAGGCUAUCGAGCUUUCAUCGCAACAGUCUUCUGCUGCAAGCAAAAACGACGCCAAGAGUGUUGCCUCGUCGCAGCGUAGGCAAAAUUCGAUGGCCAGCAGCAGCAAAACCAUAGAUUCGCUCACCAGGGCACCCAAAGCGACUACCAAGGACGAUGACAACAACACGGUCAACACAAAGCCACCGCAGCGCCUCGAGGAUGCCGAGCUGGUGGUGGCCAAAGAGUCUUUGCAUGCCGACUUUGCCGGCCUGCAGAUUAUCCUGAUCGGCGAUGCUCACUCGCUGCCCAUGCUAGACCUCAAUGUGUCCAAGUUUGCGGUCGACGUGCGAGACUGGUCCGGCGACAUGCAUGGAAGCACCUUCCUCGACCUGUACAUCAACUACUACAACUUGUCGAGAUCGCAUUGGGAGCCGCUUAUCGAUCCGUGGGGUGUCCAGUUUCACAUGGAGUCGAGCACGUUGCCUUCUCGCUUCAAUGCGACUAUCUCGAGCAAAAAGCGUCUCGAGCUUAACGUGACGACGACGCUGAUCGAGACAGCUCUCUCGGCCAUGUCGAUGAUCAACGAAGUUGACUCGCAAGAUCUGCAGCAGCGCAACCGAGCUCCAUUUGUGGUGCAGAACAGAACCGGUUACCGCAUCUCGUUGUGGCCCGAACACGACGAUAGAGAACGCAAGAGCAAGACGAGUCCGCAGCAUCUGGAUGAUGGCAAAGACAUGCCAUGGAGGUUUGACGACUGGAAAUCGAUGCGUGAGCACAUCCAUGAGAGUGGCGGCAACCGGCUCUCGCUACAAAUUGACGGCAUGCCUUGGGAGCGUCUUCGGCACAUUUCGGUUGAUCGCGAAGGCGAAUACAUGCUGACGUUGCGACCAAAACUGGACAAGGUGGCGCAUCGUGUGCAGUACGAGGUGAAGCUGCACAACAAUGUCAAGUACAUCACGUUCCGCUCUUCGUUCAAGAUUGAGAACAAGACGCUGAUUCCGAUCGAGAUGGUGAUUUUGGAUGACGAGGGCAAGCUGACGGACCAGGUUCGUCGCAUCGGCCCAGGAGAAGACUGUCCUGUGCCGAUCGAAGCGGCCUACCACUGCCGAGUCAAGAUCCGACCGGAUCCAGGCUUCGAGUACGACUGGUGUCAGGAGAGCGUCAAUUGGCAGGACCUGCUGAAAAGGGCGACGCGCACCUUGACCUGCCGCUCACACGACGAGAACGAAGCGCCGUUCCGCUUCCAGAGCUUUGCGAUUUACGAUCGACAGGAUCCCAAUAGUCGCACGUAUCCACGUCUCACAUUGCGGCUGCGCGCACCGGUCGAAGUGGAGAAUUUGCUGCCAUACGACAUCCAGUAUCGGAUCUUUGACAAGAACCUCAAUCACAACUGGUCAAGCUACCUUCGCAAAGGUGGGAUCAGCCCAAUCCAUGUUGUGGAGCUCUCGCACUUGCUACUUCUCAGUGUCGACAUCCAGUCGUCGUGCUUCUCGCCAAGCGAAUUUGCCAUCAUUGCUACAGACAACCCGGACGACUUUCCAGUGGAAAAGACGCUUACGCUCGCCGAUGCCGAGAACCUGAAGCUGAAUCUGCGUCUGCACUAUUCGAAGCAUGCGGACUCGGGGGGAGCGUUCAAAGUGCAGAUCUACUCGCCCUACAUCUUUAUCAAUCAGAGCGGCUUACCGUUUGCGCUCAAGACCAAGUCGUGGCUGGGCAGCGCCAAGCUGGUAGCGGGCCAAGAUCAGGGCGGAGUGUCGGCCGAGGUACGCAAGACGCCUGAGCCGUUUCUGUUUUCGCACAACUCGAACGACCGCCGCAAUCGCGUGUUGAUGCGCGUGGGCGACUCGCAAUGGUCCAAGCCGCUUUCGUUCGAAGCGAUCGGUUCAGAGACAGAGGUGGUGAUUCCAUCUGCAUCAAAGAACGAGGAGAUCCACGUGGGUCUCACGGUCGAGGAUGGUCUGGGCAAGUUCAAACUGUCCAAGGUGGUCAAGCUGACGCCUCGAUACCUGGUGCGCAACAAGCUCAACGAGGCGCUCCAUCUGCGAGAGGCAGGCGCCGCCGACUUUGUUACGGUGGAAGCGGGCGAGCGUGUGCCGCUGCGCUUCCUACGUGUUGGCGCGACCAAGCAGAUGACGCUCGCCUAUCCUGGGAUCAACAACAAGUGGAGCGCACCGUUCAACAUUGAGGACAUUGGUAGUGUACAUCUACGACUGGCGAAAGCGGGUCAUCACCAGCAGCUUAUCAAGGCCGAGGUGCUGCUCGAGGGACCGACGAUCUUUAUUUCGCUGAGCCAGGAGAAUGGACCGUGGCCAUACAUGCUGCGUAACGAGAGCGACUAUACGGUGCAGUUUAUGCAGGCGACGGAGCGAAUCGAUGAGGGAGGCAGCGGCAAACACAUUGACGAGGCGGUGGGCAAGCGAUACGAGCUCAAGCCGCGAUCCAAGAUGAAGUACGCUUGGGACUACCCGGCGGCGACGGAUAAGAUGAUCAAGCUGGUGGUCAAUGGUCGCGAGCGCAACGUGAAUAUUCUCGAGAUUGGCAGCUUGUUGCCGUUCAAGUUUCCUGGAGCGGAUGGACGAGGCAGCCGGGUGAUUUCACUGGAUGUACGCGCCGACGGACCGACACAGACGCUGGUGUUGAGCAACUACUCGGAGGAGUUGAGCAAUUUCAAGUUGAAACGACAGAACUCGACGUUUUCGCGUAGCGACACGGUAUCGAGCGUCAACAGCAAGGAUGGCGGAUUUGUUGCGGUGGAUGUGGACACCAACAUUCUGACGGCGUUGAACCUGGACUUUGAAGGUGUAGGCAUCUCGCUGAUCAACCAAAACGUGCAGGAGCUUGCCUACGUCUCGUUCCGAGGGUUGGAGCUGCACUAUACCGAGUCCGAGGUGACGACGGCGGUGAAUGUGAUCUGCAAGUGGAUCCAGAUCGAUAACCAGCUGUUUGGUGGGCUGUUCCCGAUUGUGCUGUAUCCGACGGUGCUGCCCAAGGAUGGCAAGGAUCUCGAGGUGCAUCCGACGCUGCAGGCAUCGGUGAUCAUGCUCAAGGACGAGUCGCACGGUGUGACGCACAUCAAGUACGCUUCGGUGCUGCUGCAAGAGAUCACGGCCGAGCUGGACGAAGACUUUCUGUUUGCUCUGUACGAGUUUUCCAAGUUUGAAGGAACGGCUUGGCAGCUCGAGGCGGAAAAGGAGACGGAUUUCAUCGAACAUCCUCGGUCGGUGGCCGAGCCUACGGGGACGCAGGGGCAGUCGGACGACAUUUACUUUGAGAUUCUGCAUCUGCAGCCGAUCUCGCUGAACCUGUCGUUUAUGCGUACGGAGCGAGUCAACGGUGACGACAAGGUGAGCUCGAGGAAUCCACUCAUCUUUCUGUUUAAUGCGCUGACGAUGGCGCUGGGCAACGUUAACGAGGCCCCGGUGCGACUGAAUGCGCUGGUAAUCGAAAACGUCCGGUUAAGCAACGCAGUGUGCAGCAGAGGAUCAUCUAUCACUAUACGCAAGGCUUC